AUGUACUAUCUUUCUCUUGAGUUCCCUGAAGCAUUAUGUUACUUGGGGAUAGCGCAGUGUAUGCCGCUUGUCCUGACAGUCGCCCUUCCAAAAUUUUUCCGGAAGGAUAGUGCAGUGCAUGCCAUUUGUCAGUGGCUCCUGCUCUUUGGGACUGGGGAUAGCGCAGUGCAUGCCACUUGUCAGUGGCUCCUGCUCUUUGGGACUGGGAUGGCGCAGUGCAUGCCACUUUGGCUCCUGCUCUUUGGGACUGGGGGAUCAAGUCCUUGCCUCUUGUUAGCGGUUCCUAAUGGACAUCCCUUCUUCCUCCUGCUCUGUGAGACUGGGAUCAAGUCCCUGCUGCUUGCCGGCGGCUCCUUCAUUAUGGCCAAGACCUUCGUCCAUGCACCAAGCGCUCUCACUCUCCAGUUAAGACAGUAG